GUCCAAUCUCAGAAAGAUCAAGAAACGAAUGUAAAACAUUUAAACUAAGUGUAUUUGUGAAAGAUAGCUCUGAGAUAUACCUAGCUAUCACAUUUAUAAGCUUUCUAAAUUCAUUGCAACCAUUGGCAAGUCCAGGCAGCUUCAUGGAAAAGAUAUCAUCAAAGAGCAAACCAAAGAGUUGAGAGGUACCCAGAGACAAAUCAGCAGAGACCGUGCCGCCUUGGAGAAACAGGAGAAGCAAAUGGAAAUGGAAAUUAAGAAAAUGGCCAAGGCUGGAAACAGAGAUGCCUGCAAGAUCCUGGCUAAGCAACUAGUUCAGCUGAGGAAGCAGAAGAACAGAACCUAUGCUGUGAGCUCCAAAGUGACCUCUAUGUCCACUCAGACCAAGGUCAUGAACUCUCAAAUGAAAAUGGCUGGUGCUAUGUCUACAACAGCCAAGACUAUGCAGGCUGUCAAUAAAAAAAUGGACCCAAAGAAGACAAUGCAGACAAUGCAGGACUUCCAGAAAGAAAACAUGAAAAUGGGCAUGACUGAAGAUAUGAUCAAUGACACACUGGAUGAAAUUUUUUGUGAGUCAGGCGAGGAGGAAGAAUCUCAGGACAUUGUGAACCAGAUGCUGGAUGAAAUUGGAAUUGAAGUUUCAGGAAAGAUGGCAAGAGCCCCCUCAGCUGGUAAGACUUUUCCAAGUGCAUCAAAGGCCAAAGCUGCUACCAUUUCAGAUGAGGACAUUGAGAGGCAGCUAAAGGCCCUGGGAAUGGACUGAAAAUCUUUGCACUCUACACCUGUGCUUUCUGUGCCAAAGCAAAGGGCUUAUAUUAAAGCAUAUAUACACAAAUGUGUAUAUGUGUAAAACUUUACUGGCUGUGAACACAGAGAGCCACAGAGCUAGCUACUAAAUCAAUGAUGUAAAAAUGUAAUAAUUAUGUACCUUGUAGGAUUUGUACAUAUUUAAAAAGCACAAGUGGUUUUGGGGUGGAUAAAGGAAUUGUUGUGCCAAGGAGGUCUUACAAUGAGGACAUCAUUGUCUUUCCUAAGACAAAGAAGUAGUUUGCCAUUUUUUUAAUGUACUAAACGACCAGCCUUCUCUAAUCCAGUUGCAGGCUUAAAUCCAAUGAUCAAUCAUUUAAUACCCAAGAUUUUUUAACAGGUCUCUCUUUACAUCAUUUAGCUUAGAUCAUGGUUUGCACUCCAAAAAAUAGUGUUAUGGUUUUAGUGUACAUAAUGUUACAUUUCUGGUGAAGUGUUUAUAUGUGUGCUGUUUCUUACGAGACUCCCAAGUUUCAGUCCCUUUAGCUCUGUAGGUUAUCUUCCAUGAAUAUUGAAAGUAAGUUUACGUUUUUUCCCCAUAGUGAAUUGGGUGGCUUUGAUGCAGUUGGUAAGCAAUUGGUAAGCAUUUGUCUUGCUCAAAAUCUUUCUUAUAGAGUUAUUGAAUGGCAUUAUGAUGAAAUGGUCUUCAAUACUGGAUUAUUUGGAAAAUUAAUUCAUGCAUAGACAUAAUUAACAUAAUACAUACUGUAAUUUAGAAAUAACUACACUAGUAUAUACAAGUGGUCCUGUCAGCAAUAGUAACUCAAUUAGUUCUAUAUUACCUCCACUAAGAGGUCUUUAAGUGGAUGCAGAAACACAGGUGUGGAAGAAACACUAAACUGUAGUGUCAGCUGUAGUUAAUUAUGUGGACUUGUAUUUACUGAAGAACAUUGUUUCAGGGAUCAUUAUCACAGCUUAGUCCACAUGUGCAAGCUAAUUAGGCUAAAGGUCUGUUACUGACCUGAGAAUUCUCCUAUCAUGGUUAAAUUAAAGCUGCAUCCACUGUUAAGAGAAAUAAGCUGUGAAAAUUACUAGGAAGAAGUCAAUGUUACUGCUGUUGUUCUCAUGUGAAAACAUCAUUAGGUGAAGGACAUUUAAAUUUAAACCAUACCAUGCUUACUGAAUAGUACAACUGAUAUUGUGAAGUAUGGAAAAUUAAACUCUGGUGUAAUUUCAGUGACAGUUGGAAAAGCAAUACAUACUGUAUGUUUAUCUUUCAUUUUCGU